AAUAUAGACAUGGAACUUGAAAUUAAAAAGUUCUUGUUUUCAUCGCCUCGAUAUAACUUCCAACAGAUUAUCAAGUUUGCCGAUAGAGCUAAGGACUUAUUUGGACAAGAUGGCAAACUCAAAAUGUGUUCAAAACAAGUCUGUAAAGGUUACCGUUGAUAUGUCAUACAACCCUCUUGAGUGUUCAUGUGAACAACUUCCGUUUUGGCAAUGGAUUGUUACUUCUAGUGUUAUUGUAACGGCCAGGUCGGUUGAUAUUUGUAUGCUUAAUGGAAAGGUUAUACCUAUUAAAACUAAUACUGACGUUCACAACCUUGUGAAGCUGCUUGAAAAUGAUGUUUGCAAAGACCGAACAUGGAGAACUUGGGCAACUGCUGGUGGAAGUUUGCUGAUAGGAGUUAUUGUUACAAUAACAUUAGGAACAGCUAUGUAUAAAAAUCGAUGGAAGAUCAGAUAUGUUAUUUAUAGUCGUGGACGGAGAUACCGACAUGAAGGGUUUGAACAUAUGUUUUCGCAUGAUGCGAUGAUAUCGUAUUCCAAAGGCAGAGCAAGAUUCAUAAAAACUACGUUGGUUCCUUCCCUAGAGCAGCGGCACCAACUUGAUUUCUGGAUAGCAGAUAGGAACUCCCAAGCAGGUGUAUCUGUCGCUGAGAAUAUCACACAUGCAAUUUGCACAAGCCGGAAAGCGGUGUUACUCAUUGACAGCGAAUAUCUGUCUGAUUCUUGGUGUGACUAUGAUAUGAACAUGGCUCUUGUAGAGUCGGUGGAAACCAAACGAAAUAUGAUAAUUGUUGUGUUGAUGGAAAAGUUUGAGACGAAAACACUUCCUGUUUCAUUUUUACGACUUCUUAAAAAUGAGAGAUCACUGGAGUAUCCAGAUCAGGAGCAGGAUAUUGACACGUUCUGGGCAAAUCUAGUCGAGGAGAUAAAAUCUUGAAUAUGUGAUUCCAGCUUGGUGACCUAGCUCACAUACGCACAGGCCGGAGAUAUAAAUAUGUCUGACAGUAUACUUGACUUGUUGUACAUAUGUGUUCAGAGACUCCUCACCUUCUUCUUAUCGUUUACUGUAAACAAGCGUAUUUAUGUACAUAAAUAAUAAUGAAUAAAGGGCUGUUUAACCGUUGUAAACAAGAAUGUUUUGACAAGUGUGCGAUUAUGGGAAUAUAAACUACUUCAAACCCCCAGUCAACUCAUUGUCUAGUGAAAUCGUAUUCAUCUGAUAGUUCAAAGGCGGUAAUCACAUCAUUUAUUAAUAAUGCUAUUAUGAUUUGUGUGUAAUCUGAGUGUGUUGUUGUACGUGUGUGUCUUCCGCGCAGUGUUUUAUGGCCCCUUUACCUUACCUCAUUAGGGUUUUUAUUCAAUGUUGGACUAUUGGGAUUGUCCUUGCAGAUUUGGUUUUAUUGAUUAUUUUCAAGUAUGGUGGAUAAAGCAUUAUUUAUACUUACCAAUAAAAUUAUACAGCAAUUCUUGGCGUCCACUAAUAAUUGAGUAUUUAAUGUAGAAAUUAGAAGUAAAUUUAUGUUUCACAAAAACAGUUCCGUCUGAUCAAAUGUAUUUAGUGUAUUAGAGUUUGGUCACUUUUUAUAUAAUUUUAAAAUGUUGAAAACUUCUAUCAUAUUAUUAAUUGUAUUUGUUUCAUAAUUAUCUGUUUAAUUGCCGUCUAAAAUAUUGCAUGAUUUUGACAUGAAUUUUGAAAAUCGGAAUCAAUUAUGUAUCACACACUAUGUUUUCUGAUUCUGUUUAACACAUAAAGCAUGCACAAAUCACUCCGCAUUAAUUUACAAAAUAAAUAUUCGUCUAUUUUACAUACUAACGUGACGGAAACGUCUAUUUAUCUUUAGAAAUGGUUUAAAGAUAUGAACUAAUGAAAUACAAUUUUAAGCUGUUGAUAUAAGGGAUUGAACCACUUCUCGUUACUUGCGUGAGGAUACAUCGGAUAUGGACUUAACAGAAACAACUCGAAAGAAUAAAAAAUCCCACCAACAUAAUACACCAUGUGUAUAACAAUUGAAAAACUUACCGUUGUUUCGAAUCACUUCAGUACACUUUUGAAUUAUUCUUCCGAAAUUUGGGGAUUUACUAAGUCUAAGGAAAUUGAAAGAAUCCAUUUAAAGUUUUGUAAACGUUUGUUAAACGUUAGAAAAAAUACAUGUACAGCAAGUGUGUACGGGGAGCUUGGUAGAUACCCUCUAUAUGUACAUAGAUAUGUUAGAAUUAUACAAUAUUGGUUAAAGGUUACAAGUAGCGAUAACAUUAUAAUAAGUAGUGUAUAUGAGUAUGCAUUAUCUGACUGUAAUAAUAGAAAAAAUAACUGGGUAUCAAAUGUUAAAAAGCUUUUGAGCCAGUAUGGUUUUGCAUACGUAUUCAAUAAUCCUAAUAUGAUAAAUGAAAAGUACUUUCUAACUGAAUUUAAAACAAGAAUAAUUGAUUGUUUUAAGCAAGAAUGGUAUAGAUCCCUUGAUAGCCCAGUUUUAUUUUUGUAUAAGGAAUUUAAGACUACUUUUGUGUAUGAAGAUUAUUUGGAUUUAUUACCUAAAAGCUUACGACUAUUUUUCUGCAGACUUAGACUUUCUGCACACCCGUUAAGGAUUCAAACGGGUAGAUAUAAUCGUAAUCGAAUACAACGUGAAGAAAGACAUUGUUUAUGCUGUAACUCAAGAGAUAUAGAAGACGAAUUUCAUUUUAUUUGUACGUGUACACGUUUUGAAACUAUAAGAAAGAAAUACAUAAAACGGUAUUAUUAUUUACGUCCGUCUGUUUUUAAGUUCAUCGAACUGUUAAACACAAGAAAUAAACAAGAACUUAUAAAACUGUCCUUAUUUGUCAAACAAGCUCUGAGUAUUAGAAGAUCAAUUUUAAAUAUUGACUUAUAAUUAUAAUAGUUUUGUUCAUCCUCACCUGAUUUGCAUAUAUAUUUAUUUAUUUUUUUGAAUGUAUUUAUGAUUCUAUUCCAUAGUAUGUAUAACCUAUGUCAUACCAUGUGUUUGUUUAUUUAUUAUUCAUAUGUGGUUAAGAAGAUGAUGUACUUUGUACAAGUCUUAAUAAAAUAUCUGUUCUGUUCUGUU